CAACUUCCUGCAGCCAAUGAAACGCCGCGUUCGGUUUAGUUCCUGAAUACUGACAACAUUUCUUCUAUCUGCACGUGACCGUGUCUCGCUUCUGGUAGCGGCCGCGUUCGGAAGAAGGCUCCGCUUUCUUUUCUUCUUGGACGUCCUUUUCUUCUUCCUCUUCGGGUGUGGCGGCGGCGGCGGCGGCGGCGGCAGCAGCAGCAGCAAUGGGCUCAGCCACGGUCUUUCUGCUACCGAGUGUCUUGCUGGGCCUCUGCGCUGGGGAGAGGCUCUUUCCUAGCCGAGACGUCUUCCUCCAAAGUGGCUGGGAAGGGACGGCUUUGGGAGGCCGGCGCCGCGCCCUUCUGUCUUUGGAAGUGCUGGAAGCAGCGGCGGGAGACGUCCCUUGGCUGGCCUCGGGGCUCGUAGGGGACUUGCUGGAGUCGCAGCUGGAGCCGGACUGCAGGGAGCUCUUAGCGGGCUUCGCCAACAGCAGCGUCAGACUGACCAGUUGCUUAAUACGGAAUGCCCGGCCUGUGACGCUCUGCCAGAACUGCUACCACCAGUUCCGGGAGCUCAAGGAGCGGUUUGACAACAUCACCGGUGCCGUGGGGAAUUCUUCUGGGAGUAACCACUGUGCCAAAAGUCUCUUGAUGUCAGAUAGACUUCAGAUAGUUUCGAUCCUGUCUGGUUUUUUUACUGAUACAUGGGCAAAGGCAAACUGUGCAAAUUGCUUAAAGAAAAACAGUGAAGGCUUAUCGAAUAAUACAGUGAAGUUUCUGGCCUUAUUCAAUGAAUCGCUGGAAUGCUUUGAACACAACCUCCAGAGGCAGGGAGACUAUCUGCUAUCAAAUAACUACACAGAAGUAUGCAAGAACUGCAGCGUAACAUAUAAAAAAAUGAAUGACAUGUACAACUACAUGCAGAAGAGUGGCCAAAAAGAGGAAUCCGAAGAACAGUCCAAUUUGUGUAUUGAUAUUGAAGAUGCAAUGAACAUCACACGAAGGCUUUGGAGCAGAACUUUCAAUUGUUCUGUCCCCUGCAGUGAUACAGUGCCAGUGAUUGCGGUUUCUUCAUUUAUUUUCUUCUUGCCAGUUGUUUUCUAUCUGAGUAGCUUCCUUCACUCAAAGCAGAAAAAACGUAUCUUGAUUAUGACUAAACGGUUUCAGUCAAAUACCAGUUAUGUGAACAUCCAAGAAAAACUCAACUGAGCCUGCAGAAUGCAAGUCACAACAGGACCUAUCUGAUUUCUCUGAAGGAGAUAAUUACGGUUUUGCCUUACACUGUAUUGUAACAUGUUGAACAAAAUGCUGUGUGACUCUCAGAUGAUGUGGUAAACCUUUCCAUCGAGUUGCUGAGUCUGAUCUUUAGCGUGAAAGGAAAUAAGACGAUUUCCCACACUACCAUACUUCUGCUUUUGUCUCACAUUCUGCUUACUAACUUUUUCCCAUGCAGUUGUUUCCUUGAAACAUUCCUGUCCUCCAUACUUCUUAUACUGGAUUAGUAACAGUCUAGUUCAAACUUCCACAUUACAGGUUCACAAUUUCUUAUUAGUAGCAUUUUUGUUUGUCUGUAACCUGAGUAUUAAUUUUUAAGGUGUCAUCAGAAGAUGAAAGUAGAAUAACCAUAAUAAAUGCUAAUGUUCAGCAACUUAAGGUUAUGGAAUUGGACAGCUGUAAAACCAAAUAAUUUCUUGAAAUGCUGCUCAGCCAAAUGAAAUAGUUUCUGCAUUAUGAAAUUCCUUAUUGCUAGCACUAAGAUGGCAAAACUACUGAUCAUUUGAAUUAUGUAAUUUCUGGAAUCCCAUCUUGACCAAAACUUUGUCUCUUUAUACUGCCAUGGAUAGGGUCUGAUCACUUGCUGUCAUUGAUCACACUCUGUUUCAGGCAUCAGGGUCGUAUGAGUGCACGAAGUGUUGGACUUGUCAUAACUAAGGGCAAAUCACAGCAAGCCGUGGUGCCAGAUUGCAUAUGCAACCCUUGCUUUUUUACUUAAGUGAAUUCAUUUCUCCUCUGUCUCUAACCUUAGUCUUCAUAAAGUGGCUUUAUAUUUAACAGCACAUAGUAAAAUAUAUUUAUUAGAACUCUAACAGUAUUUUGCUAUUUUUGAAUAUAUUGCAUUGGGGAUGUUAAAGCUAAAAAUCACUGGAAAUGCUGAAUUGUUUGAACCUAAGAUAUAAAAGUGGUUUAUGUAUAUUUUGUGAAAUGUAGUUAAUUUUUCUUGGUACAGGGUUUUUUAAAAUUUUAAUAUGACGGUGUUUUAGCAGCAUACAGAUCUUUUAUCAUUUUAAGAUUUAAAACAUGGUUAAGAAAUCUAGACUCUCCGUAUUUCAGGAUCUAAAUCUGUGGUAGAACUGAAGUGGUUUAAAUCAAUGGGAUGAAUAAUUAUCUUUAUGUAGGAAAGAGUGGGGAAGGUGGUUAACUUUUCCCCCUUCUACAUAUUCCAAAUAGAGGAGAUUCUUCGUUUCAUAAGACUUGCAGGAAAAUGAAACAGGGUCACACAGAAAAGUAGGAACAGAGCAUGUCAAACCAGACUUAAGUUGGAUGAACAGUAGUCUAAUUUUUUUUUCACUCUAAUUUUAUACUCCCAGACCUCAUGUUUGUGAGUUAGAUCAUUAAAUGGAUUACAAAGCAGACCUACAAUCCUAAAUACUGGUGCUGAUGACUACAGCAUAUCAUAUUUUAUUAAGAUGGCAUAUCCAUAUUGUUGUAUUCUGCCAUCCAAAGUGUUCAUUUGCUGAUGCAUCACUUUUUAGGAGUGUGACAUUAGUUUGCUGUGUAAUAAUUAAAGCAUCAGGCAUUUCCUAUACCUUUUAGUGUUUGCUGUUCAACCCACAGUCCAUGAAAACAUCAGCAGAUAAGCAGCAAAGAUAAAAUAAAAAGUUAAUUAAAGUGUCAGGGUGUAAGGGUGUACCUACUCACUAAUCAAGUGAAUUGCACUUAUCAAUUUUGUGUUGUUCCUUCAUUGUACCACUGAGAUUCCCAAACCACUUAAGUCUGCAUAGUAUGAUUUGUGUCAGGUUAGUUAUGUUGGAUUAGCAGGGCGAAAGUGUUUUCAAAUAAAAGUAUGAGGAUGAGUAACACCUGAAGACAUGUCUGUUGCUGAUGAGACAAAUCAUGUUACUAUUUUUUAAUGUUCAGAUUUCAAGAUGCUUGGAUUUAGGCAACUGCGGCCCUUAAUAGCAUUACAUUAAUUUGAGGCAUCAUAUGAUGGGGAGCAGCUCAAAGCAAUCUUUCAUUCAUGCUGAGAGAGGCUGUGUGUGUGGAAAGCUACAGAAUGACAGAUUUGCUCCCAUAAGCAGUGGCUUUUUGAGCGCAUUCACAUUAAGUAGGUCUCAAAGUCAUUACUCUUGGGUAUAGUGGUUAAGCACUUGGGAGAAAAAAAGCUGCUUUUAUGAUUUUCUUAGCUGUUAAGCCAAAUGAAAGUACUCAUGUGAUUUUUGUUGUUUUCUUCUUGUUUAAACUGAAAAGAAUGAAAGACAUAAUUUGUUUCUAAACUUACAGAGUUGCUACUUUGUUAUAAUACUGUUUUUUCCACAGGGAUCAAUUGUACAUUGUGCAUUCAAAUCUCUUUUUACUGGAUUCCUUCCCUACUUUCUAGUCUUUGUUUUUCAACGUACAGUCCAUGAAAAAAAUCAGCAAAUAAACAGGAAAAAGUUUUUUUAAGGUUAAUUAUGCAGAAAAUUUGUUUUUUAUAACCUAAGGUGGAAUAAAGGUUAUUUAUUGGAAA